UUGCAAACUUAGCCCCUGGUUUUCUGACUUCUCUCUUUGCAUAAUCCAACUGUUUUCUCUCUCUCAACUAACCCCUUUUUUUUUUCUUCUACUUCUUCUUCCUCUUUUAUAUCAAAUGUCAAUCCACAAUCUUCACCCACCUUCACAAUUUUUCAUUUCUAUUAUCAUUAUUACUACAACAAUUUUCACUCUUUUUUCAUCCUUAAUCUCAACAAAAAAAAAAAAAACACCAACAAUAACAUCAUCAUCAACAUCAACAACAACUUGUGCAACAAAAAAUCUCCUAGGAACAGCAAAAAAAAUUGGUGCUCAAAGUUAAGAGCUUUAUAUUAUUAUAGCUGUUGGUUUUGGUUUGAAUGGGGAUUGAGAGAACUUUGGCUGAUAGAAAAAGAAGAGAUUUUUGUGAAUUGCCAAAAGAAACAAUUACUAGCAGCAAGUCAAGGAGGAACCGGCGGCGUCAGAAGAAGACGACGCCGCCGGUUCAAAAGCUAUUUGAGACUUGUAAAGAAGUCUUUGAAUCUGUUGAGACAGGAAUUGUUCCUCCAACUCAGGACAUUGACAAGUUACGGUCUGUUCUAGAUGGAAUAAAACCAGAAGAUGUUGACUUGAAACCUGAUAUGCCAUAUUUCAGGGAAAAUGCUUCUCACAGAAGGCCAAAAAUUACAUAUUUACACAUUUAUGAGUGUGAGAAGUUCUCAAUGGGAAUAUUUUGUUUGCCACCUUCUGGUGUUAUUCCUCUGCAUAAUCACCCUGGAAUGACAGUAUUUAGUAAGCUUCUUUUUGGAACUAUGCACAUCAAAUCAUAUGAUUGGGUUGUUGACUUGCCUCCUGAAUCUCCUACCAUUGUCAAACCCUCAGAAAGCCAAAUUCCUGAGUUGAGAUUAGCCAAAAUAAAGGUUGAUGAUGAUUUCACUGCACCUUGCAACCCUUCUAUCUUAUAUCCUGAAGAUGGUGGAAACUUGCAUUGUUUCACAGCAGUGACAGCAUGUGCAUUUCUUGAUGUUCUUGGUCCUCCAUAUUCUGAUUUUGAAGGAAGACACUGCACAUACUACACUAAUUACCCCUUUUCAAACUUUUCAGUGGAGGGACUAUCUAUACCAGAAGAGGAGAAGAAAGCAUAUGAAUGGCUACAAGAAAAGGACCAACUUGAAGAUUUAAAAGUUGAAGGAAAAAUGUACAGUGGUCCAACAAUUGUGGAGAAUUAGAUAAUCAAAUUCUCUCAAAAACAUACACACCAUCUUUUUUAUUCUUGUAAUCAUUUUCUGCUUUCAAAUGUCCCUACAGAAAAAAAAAAUAUUAGAGAGGAAAAAUUCUAUCAAUCUUUUGAGGAUUUCAUGCUGCUUUUCUGUUUUAUUGUAUUUUUUUUUAGUGUUUUUUUUUUUUUUUCUAUUUUAUUUUUAAUUUUCUUUAUGGAACAACAAAUUGCCACUUUGGUGGUGCUAUUUUCGGUCUAUAUGUUAUAUAGUUUUUCUUUUGUACA